AUGGUGCUCAUCCCGGCUGGCACGUUCACCAUGGGAACCGAUGACCCCCAGAUACAGCAGGACGGGGAAGCUCCUGCACGGAGGGUCACCGUCCACGCCUUCUACAUGGACGCCCAUGAAGUCAGCAAUGCUGAAUUCGAGAAGUUCGUCAACGCCACAGGCUAUCUGACUGAGGCUGAGAAGUUUGGGGACUCCUUCGUCUUUGAGGGCAUGCUGAGUGAGCAGGUGAAGACGGACAUACAGCAGGCCGUGGCGGCCGCUCCCUGGUGGUUACCUGUCAAAGGCGCUAACUGGAGGCACCCGGAGGGGCCUGACUCGACGGUUCUGCACAGGCUGGACCACCCGGUUCUGCAUGUCUCCUGGAACGACGCAGUGGCCUACUGUACGUGGGCAGGGAAGCGGCUGCCCACGGAGGCCGAGUGGGAGUACAGCUGUCGGGGCGGCCUGGAGAACAGGCUGUUCCCCUGGGGCAACAAGCUGCAGCCGAGAGGCCAACAUUACGCCAACAUCUGGCAGGGCCACUUUCCUGUGAGCAACACCGGGGAGGAUGGCUUCCGAGGGACCGCGCCCGUUGACGCCUUUCCUCCCAACGGUUACGGCUUGUACAACAUGGUGGGCAACGUGUGGGAGUGGACCUCAGACUGGUGGACCGUCCAGCAUUCCGCUGAGGAAAUGCUCAACCCGAAGGGCCCUCCUUCCGGGAGAGACCGGGUGAAGAAGGGUGGAUCCUACAUGUGCCAUAAGUCCUAUUGCUACAGGUAUCGCUGCGCCGCUCGGAGCCAGAACACACCUGACAGCUCAGCCUCCAACCUGGGCUUCCGCUGUGCAGCCGACCACCUGCCCACCUCGGGCUGA